CACUCUACAUUUUGGCUUGGCGUAUUGCGGGCGUAUUGCGACUAUUGGACUAGGAGUACAAACACAAAUUCGAAGCUCCACUGACCGGCACAGCUGAUGCAGAUGCUGCUGAUUCCCUCGCCGUCGCCGUCGCGUGUAGCGGCGGCUUUCUAUGCUGCUCCUCCACUUUCGCAUCCUCAUUGGGUCGCUCAUUUUCUCAGUUCCACUACCUCCCUGUCCUCCCAUCCUAAUAGUCGACAGAUUCAUCCAUACCCCUCUCUUCUGCCGCGUUCACGUCGGCUUGUGCAAUCGCUUAGCGACACUACCUCUAUGACCUCCCAUUCCCAAAGGCAGCGGAUUCAUCUUUGCCCCUCUCUUGUAUCGCUCUCACACUUGUUUUCCCCCCUCUCUGUACGCGCUGCUCCAGCGUCGGCCCCAACCUCAGGUUACCCUACCGCUGAUGAACAGUCUGAGAUGGCCAAACUCGCCCAGGUUUCCAAGAGAUUAGAGAAUACUUCAAGAUACUUCAAACGGCUGGGCAGUUUUGGUUUUUGGGGACAACUGGUUUGUACUGUUGUUUCAGCGGUAAUAAUAUCAUUCUCCAGCAUCGUUACUGGGAAAGUCACCUCCCCAGUUACGUUUUAUGCUACAGCUGGAGGCAUUGCAGCUGCAUUUGUAUCAGUCUUCUGGUCUUUUGGCUAUAUCCGUCUUUCAGAAAGACUUCGUAAGACAGCCAAUGACCCUACAAAGGCUCCUCCACGUGCUGAUGUGGUAAAAAGUUUGCGAAAUGGCAUAUUUGUUAAUAUUCUCGGAAUGGGUGCUUCAAUUCUUGGCAUGCAAGCUACUGUUGGAUUAUUGGUUGCCAAAGCCCUUACUUCCUCAGCAGUUCCAUACUACCAGGGUAUACCUCCAGGCCAGAGUCCUGUUUUAGCUUUAGAUGUGUUCUUGGUUCAGGCCUCAGCUAACACAAUCCUGUCACAUUUCUUGGGACUCGUUUCUUCCUUGGAGCUGCUGCGUUCAGUUACAUUACCGAAUUUGCAGGGCCUGCCCAUUCAUUCCUGAACUCUCAUCGCUCCUGUCAUUAAGCCAUAUGCUAAGGAUAUUUUGCGUGUUUGCAAGGAGAGUUUCUUUUCUUCCAUUUUCUUUUCUGAUGCUUUGUUUUAUUGAUUGUAGUGAUAAGCCUUCCUCAGAUGUUUCAGAAUAUUAGAGAAAGACUUAGUGUUUGCUUUCAUCAUCGAAUGCUUCUGAUUAGUUAUGCCAUUGAAUAGGCUACCUACUUCAUUGAAGGCCCCAUCAA